UUCAGCUCUACAAGUUGAGAUGGGUGAGAUGCCGUUGGAGCUCAGAAGGAAACAAUUAGCCAUAACUUACUGGGCAAAUAUUAAAGGACAUAAAGAAAGUUAUCCUCCAUAUAUUAUGUUACAACCUUGUCAAGAAAAAGAAAAAAAGCAAAUAAAUAGUUUUGGAUGGUUUAUAAAAAAUGAAAUAAGAGAGAUAGGAUUAAAUCUUAGUUUAAUUAGUCCUGUGAUUGUUAUUCCUGUUAUUCCACCAUGGAUAAUUGGACAGGCUGAAGUUGAUUUAAGCUUACUGGAAAAAGGAAAAAAAUUAGAAAAGAAAGAGGUGGAAAGUUAUAUUGGAAAUGAAUAUGCGGAAUAUAUACAAAUAUAUACAGAUGCCUCUAAAAUGUCAAAUAAUAAUAUAGGAAUAGCUUUUAUAAUUCCGGAAUUAGAUAUUAUGAGAAAUAAAAGAAUAACAGACAAAUUGACAGUAUAUACAGGUGAACUAAUGGCUAUUUUAAUGGCUCUAGAAUGGGUUGAGGAAACAAGAGAGAGAGCGGUUGUAAUCUGUUCAGAUUCAAGUAGUGCAUAAGCAAGUAUUGUAGAACAAAAUUCAGAAUCAAGGCAAGAUAUUAUAGUUGAUAUUAAUCAGUUAAUGUUUAGAAUUAAAAGUUAUGGAUCUCUGGUCAAAUUAGUUUGGGUUCCUGCUCAUAUUGGAGUAAUAGGAAAUGAGUUGGCAGAUAGUUUUGCUAAGAAUGCAGCAAAAAGUGUAUUGUUGAUUUAAAUAUUAAAAUGAGUAAAAAUGAGGUUAAAAAUAUUAGUAAAAUGUAUAUUAAGAAUAAAUGGCAGGAACAGUGGGAUAAAGGAAGCAAUGCCAGAUUUUAUUAUAGCAUCCAAAGAAAAGUUGGAGAAUUUAGGAAAUGUAACAGGAAUAAAAAAGAAGAAGAUAUUAUAUCUAGAUUAAGGUUUGGACAUACAGGUUUAAACAGUACUCUUAAAAUAAUUAAUAAACAUGAUACAGGUUUCUGUAGUUAUUGUGGGAAAUUAGAAACAAUACAACAUUUUUUUUUAGAAUGUAGUAAGUAUGUUCGAGAAAGGGAGGAGUUAAUUAGAAAUUUAAAUAGGAAUAAAAAUAAAUUAGAUAUUAGAAGUUUGCUUCAAAGAUCAUCGGGGGAUGUAGUUUUUAAUAGUAUUUUUAAUUUUCUAAGAAGAACAGGUAUUAUGGGAAGAUUAUAGUGAUUUUACAUCUGAUCCAUACUCCAGUCUAGAAGGUGGCGGUAAUGCACCUAAAAGUUGUUUGCCAACCGCCAUAAAAAAACAAGAAGAAGAAGAAGAAGAAGACGCAGUAACCGUGCGUCCUGGAACUCAUGCCUUCAAUUGGAAACAACCGGAAAUUAUUUAGUCCUAGUUUUGUGGACAUUGGUUGCCGUGAGUUAUAAUUAUGAGCAAUUAAGCCAGUAAAAGUUUUUUUUUAAGUACCGUUGAUAUUUUAAAGGAAAUGUCGGCUCGUAAGUGGUAGUUUGAUCAAGAAUGACCUAUACAGAAUGGCCAGUUUGUAUAGAAAAUAAUACUUUAACAUUUUUAUUUUAAAACAUAGACAAAGGAUCACUGCUGCUUCAUCUACAUGUGAAUAUUUGAAGAGUUACACAUUCAAGAAUGGGUUCUACCAUGUUAUUAAAAUUCAGAAUCUGUUUUAUGUCACCACAACUAACUUCCACUGCACGCUUUCUAUGCACAAGAGAUAUUAAGCCAAACUUGGGAGGAAGACAGAUAGACAGAAAGAACAGUGGACAAACUAGAAUAGCAAACAAAACUUUCAGACAUGGCACAGAGGAUGUAAAAACUAAGAAAUCCAGCAUGCUGCUGCAGACCUCUUUUCCCAAAUCUGUUUUUGCUGCCGGGACAGCAAAGAGGACAGCAGAACUGAUGAAGAGGAAGGCACCAGCAGUCUCUGAGGAAGAGGAACAACAUGAAGAGGAGCAGGAACGCAGGACGGGAAAGUGUCAACCUCCUGAACGGCCUCUGCUUCCUGCUGAGUGGAAAGACCUGAAGGAAUCUCUGGGAAACCGGGAACGUUUUGACAUCCAGAUGAUGAACACCUUAUUCACUUCUGGAUCAGAGCUGAACAUAGCAAAGUCCUUGCUGACUUUUGUGGCGAUGGAAAAGGGCACGCUGUCCUAUGAGCUGCUGCUACGCUACCUGACACUGUGUGUGAAAGGUGGACACGACGAUGAGGUGUUUGACAUCUACAAAAUCAUGCGUGGAAGUUUCCCUUCACUCGACACGGGGGCUUCCUCCCUUUUUAUUAAAUCCUUUAGCCGUACUGCGAGGUGGAGGGAAGCAGUUGAGAUCCUGCAGGAGAUCAAGCAGGUUUUUACACCAUCACCGCGUAACUAUAGUGACGUUAUUGCAGCAGCAGUUCAUCACAGAGAUGCAACUACUGCCUGGGGUUUAUACGAUGAGCUUAUUGAAAAGGGACUGAGUCCUCAUCAGGAGACCUGGGAUGCACUUUUUACAGGCGUGAAAGAGAGUGAGAGGGAAAAAGAAAUGGGAGCCAUGACUGAGUCAGAGCAGCAUGAGAGGCUGCUGGGAGUUCUGGUGUACAUGAGGAACAACCAGAUCUAUCCCCAGCAGAAUGUUGCAAACACAAUAAAGAGCUGGUUUGAGAGUCUCAAUGGACAGAAAUGGACUGCAGCCUGGAGCACUGCCACCCCAAAAGGUGUGUGUAGGUGUUGUGGGUCAGACCUGGAGUCUAUCCAACUGAGUGCUGAGGAGUAUCAGGAGCUGAAGGACAGAGUCAUGACCAAUGUCAUUCAGGGGCGAGAUGUAUUCAACAAAACCACUCCUGAGGAGUUGGAGAGCUUUAAAGCGUUUGUGAAGAGGAAGCCAGCGUUUGAUGUGGUCAUAGACGGCCUGAAUGUUGCAAACAUCAACAAAGAUAAAACCAAGCAGUCAGAGACGCUGUUGGCAGUGGUGUUGGAGCUUGAGCGCCAGGCCUUCAACAUCCUGGUGCUGGGGAGGAAACACAUGUUGAGGCCCUCCAAAUCCUGGGACAGACUCAACAUGAACCUCAUCCAGCAGAAAGCGCAUUGCUUCUUUACUGAAAACAUAUCCGAGGACGACCCGUUCCUGCUGUAUGCCACUUUGCAUUCUGGGAACCAUUGUCGGUUCGUGAGCAGGGACCUGAUGAGGGACCACAAAGCCUGCCUGCCAGAUGGGGUAACUAGGCGGCUCUUCUUCAAGUGGCAGAGGGGCCAUCAGCUAGUGGUGAAUGGGUAUGUCGCCACUGGCAGGAGGGUGAAAUUUCUGGGUAUUCCCUGCUUUGACACCAUUGUCCAGACUACAGGAGAUACCUGGCAUGUUCCCUAUGAUGACACUGGGGACAGAAGCACAUAUGAAGUGCCACAACGGUGGCUGUGUCUCACCAAAAAACACUGAAUUUUUUUUUUAAAGAUAUGUAAAGAAAAAAAAAACAUGUUUUCAUUUGUAGUCUUGUGAAUAAAACUCUUAAAUCUCA